CAUGGCCUUGGUGGCUCCCGGCCGCAGGUGGGUCGGAUCCACGGUGUGGGGCGACGGGCGGGUGUACGAGUACCCCAAUCGGCCGGGCGAGUACGUCUAUGACGAGCGGCGCCCAUCUGACGGAAGCCUCAUGGAGGUCCGCAUCGCCAAUCCCCGGGGGCGCGUGGCCUUCUUCGACUUCAACACCAAUCCGCCGACACUGCUGCCGUUGACGCAACGACCACCGAACAAUCAGAUGUAGGCAAGAAGCACACCUCCUUCUCACUUAUUCCUGGCAUUGUGUCGGCUUUGUGUCUGUUCGUUUGUGUGUGUCAUCGGCAGUCUCGCCAAUGGCGGUGGCUCCACUCUGCGCCGUCGAGUGGGCGCACUGCCAUCAUCUGGCUUGGGAGGCUACCCGAGGUGAGGAGCCCCUUGCCUCUCUCUUGCUUUCGUGUGGAUGGUCAUCGGCUUUGUGUCUGUGUGUGCAGUGCAGCGGCGGUUGGCGGCGGCAAUGGCGUCGGCAAUGGCGUCGGUGCCACACUGCGUCAGCGGCAGGAGAGCUCAUCGCCACAGCAGCCGCCGGCCAAUCGCAGCAGUGUCGGCCGUCGGACCGGCACACUACCAUCGUCUGGCUGGCGAUAUGAGGUGGUGGAGGAGGGCACCGGCAGAGUGCCCACACUCAAUGACUGCGUCAAGAUUGACUGGAUUGCGUGGCGUGAUGGAUUCGACGGCCGGGACAUACGCGACGAUGUCCGUGGGAAGGUGAUCCGUGUGUCUGAUUGGCCUGAGUGGGAGCGUGAGGCGGUGCUGUCGAUGCGGGUGGGCGAGAUUAGGCGAAUCAAACUGCCAAAUGACUAUUUUGCCCCCUACGUUCAGCUGCGUUUGGUCAGCUCUAUCGUUCAGCUGCGUUUGGUCAGCAUAAAGCAGAAGAGAGUCCACACACACACACACACGGGGGGGCGCCUGUGUGUGUCGCACACUCAUGUGUGUGGCCUGUCUCUUCUUAAUUGUCUGUCUCUGUGCUUGGGUUUCGAACCAAGGAGUGAGAGUGUCGUGACUCAGCCGUGGCAGUAUACAUGUGUGUGUCGUUGAAUGUGCAACAUGUUUGCCAGGCAGCAAGAAGGGGGAUGUCUGUGUGGGUGUCCCCUCUCUCCCUCACCGUCUGUCUGUCUGCUAUGAGUGGGGAGUGCGUGUCGUCUGAGUAGCCGCUUUGUUUAUCGGUCGGCCGGUUACUCACAGUCUCUCUCUCUCUCUCUCUCGGUGUGUCGGUGUGUGUGUAUGUGUGUGUCCAAAAGGGAGGUUGAUUCUUUCGAUGUCUGUGUGUGUCUGCCUUAUUCACUCUUUUCGCUCUCAGAUGUCACGUCAUAGACGAAGAUCACCGUAUGGCUACCGAUAUGAGGUGGUGCAGGAGGGCUACGGCAGAGUGCCGACACGCAACGACGCCGUCAAGAUCGACGAGAUUUGGUGUCGUGAUGCAUUCGAUGGCCAGGACAAGUUCAUCGAUCGCCGUGGGUAUGUGAGUCCUGUGGGUGCUCGGGAUGGGUGGGCUCGUGCGGCGGUGCUGUCGAUGCGGGAGGGAGAGGUCAGGCAGAUCAUACUGCCACCCGGAUACAGUGCCCCCUUUUAUCAGAUGCGUUUGAUCAGCAUAGAGUAGGAGAGACUGCACACGCACACACACGUG